AGCUAAAAGGAGGCAGCCAGGACGGGGCAUCCUGCAGGGAUUGCUGGGGUUCACAGGAUUGAGGUGAGGAUGAAAUGAGGCGCAAAACCAGAAAAUGGAGUUAACUCUCACCCUCUGGCCCAGGGGCGGGCCUAGGUGUUUGAAAGAAGAAAAUGACUUUGAGAGAGGAGGUCCUUGCGCAUGGCAAUGCGAGCCUGAGAAGAUGUCUGGCAGUUGCGUAGGGGCUUCACUCCAGAGCCUCUGACUUGAGAAGAAAGACCUUUGUCUAGGCGGACUCGCAUCGCUGCAGGCAUCUCUUCCCCAGCUACCCCCCCCCCCCGCGUCCGGCGCAGUGGUUUCCGCUUGGCUGUACCCCUGCAGCCGAAAUGGUCUCUCCCUGCUGCCUGCCCUCACACAUCCCCUGCACACGCGCGCGGGGUGCCCCUGACUGAGGUUACUAGCACCCGCUCCCCUGCCCCACAGUCCAGUCUCCGAGUUCCCGAGCGCUACCCCUUUAUCCUGAUGCCUUCUGCUCCUCCAGGAGGCUGGCGUCCAUCCAGCUGCGCACCAGGCAAGAUUUGGACCGCUGCCGCAGAGGGGGCGCGCUGUGUCUAUAUACUUAUGAUCCGGGUUGGGCUUAGUGUUAUACGCUUAUCUGGCAAAGGAAGCAGUAUGAACGGAAACAUCUGGGCCAGAAGCAAAUUGAUCAAAUGAAGGACUGCAGUGUUUCUGGAGCACCAAGUUCUGUGCACACAGAGUAUAUGCAGGUCUGAGGAUCCAGAAUGGCAUCUGCAGUUGUUGGGAAGUCAUUCUAGGCUCUUAACCCAGUGUCUUGGCAGCAGUUUGAUCUGAAGAUGGGAGCCAGGGUGCUGUGGGGAAGCCUAGGCUUGCUCCGCCUAGGCUGGUGUCUGCUUCCACAAACAGGCUACGUGCACCCAGAUGAGUUCUUCCAGUCACCUGAGGUCAUGGCAGAGGACAUCCUCGGCAUUGAGGCUGCACGGCCCUGGGAAUUUCAUCCCAGCAAUUCUUGCCGCACAGUGGUCUUCCCACUGCUGACCUCUGGCACUGCCUUCUGGCUACUCAGGCUCUGGGAAGAGUGGGGACCAUGUCCUGGUCCGGUGAGUGGCUAUGUGCUGUUAGUGGGGCCCAGACUCCUGCUCACCGCCCUCUCUUUUACCCUGGACAUGGCUGUGUACCACCUGGCCCCACUGUGGGGUGCAGAACGCUGGAACGCGCUGGUACUGCUAUCUGGUUCCUAUGUCACCCUGGUCUUCUAUACAAGGACCUUCUCCAAUGCCAUUGAGGGACUGUUGUUUGCAUGGUUGUUAGUACUGGUAUCACCCCGUGUGGCCUGGAGCCCUAUGAUCAAGAAGCCUGCUCCAGAUCCAUGGUGGCACAGCUGGAUUCUUGGGGGGAUUGUGGCUGCUGGCUUCUUCAACCGGCCCACCUUUCUGGUCUUUGCACUAGUCCCCCUCUCCCUCUGGGGCCUUUGUGGAGCCACAAACUCUAGCUUCAAGUCUCUGGCCCAGGGAGCCAUGGUACUAUUCCCAGGGGCAACCCUCACAACAGCAGUGUUUGUGAUCGUGGACAGCUGGUAUUUCUCCAGUCAGUCUAGUUUCAGUACCCUUGUCCUUACACCUGCCAACUUCCUGCGCUACAACUUGGAUCCUCAAAACUUGGCGAGACAUGGCACACAUGUGCGACUCACUCACCUGGCAGUCAAUGGCUUCUUGCUCUUUGGAGUGCUGCAUGCCCAGGCCCUACAGGUGGCACGGCAGCAGCUGGAAGCCUGCCUCCAGGCUGUGGGGCAAAUGGGCUUCCUGAAGGCACUGGGUGCCUGGAGUCCACCGUCCAGCCCUAGGUCUCACCUCCUGCUCCUCUACUUCCUGCCUCUGGCCCUAUUGUCUGCCUUUAGCCACCAGGAAGCUCGCUUCUUGAUCCCUCUCUUGGUCCCCCUGGUCCUGCUUUGUAGUUCACAGACACAACGUGUACCCUGCAAAGCUGCUCUGGUCCUCUUUAAUGCCCUAGGUGCCCUCUUCUUUGGCUGCCUGCACCAGGGAGGGCUAGUACCUGGCCUGGAGCACCUGAAGCAGGUGGUUCAUGCACCUACAGCUCCGAGUGGACCUACCCACUACACGCUCCUGUUCACCCACACCUACAUGCCUCCCCGGUACCUUCUACACCUCCCUGGUUUGGGCUCACCGGUGGAGGUGGUGGACAUGGGUGGGACGGAGAACCAGAUCCUCUGUCAGGCCCUGAACAACUUCACUAGACAACCAGCCUGCCAGGUGACUGGUGGGCCAUGGCUCUGCCGCCUCUUUGUGGUCACUCCAGGCACCGCCAGACCUGCCUUGGAGAAGUGCAGCUUCCCCCUCAAGGAUGAGACACUCGUGUUUCCCCACUUGACCCUGGAGGACCCACCAUCCCUGUCUUCCCUGCUGAGUGGGGUUUGGAGGGAGCACCUCAGCCUUCACAUCCUAGAGCUUGGGGAGAAGCCCGACAAUAUGACGGAAAAACCACUACCCAAGACUCAGUCCCAGGUGAAGGUGCCGCUCUAACCGGGACUAAGCCUAUUCUCUCUCUUUUUUUUUUUCUUUCCCUUCUGGAAUUCCCACCACUGCCUCUUCUGUGCAUACCCUUUGGUUGUAUUGCCUUCUGGGAGAGCUGGCGCCCUUUCUCCAAAGACCAAAGAUCUGAUAAGUCACCCAACAUCCCCAAAAGAUCUGGUGUAAUCAAAGACACCUAAUGUUUUGGCUCUAUUUCUUCCAGCCACUGUGAUGUUCUACACAUGUAAUAGCACCUGGUUGUGAAAAGAGACAACUAUCUGCCAAUGAUAUUGCUUUUUUUAAUAUUUAUUUUAUUUUUUAUUUAUUCCCUUUUGUUCUCCUUGUUGUUUUAUUGUUGUAGUUAUUAUUGUUGUUGUCGUUGUUGGAUAGGACAGAGAGAAAUGGAGAGAGGAAGGGAAGACAGAGAUGGGGAGAGAAAGACAGACACCUGCAGACCUGCUUCACCACUUGUGAAACGACUCCCCUGUAGGUGGGGAGCCGGGGCUCGAACCAGGAUCCUUACGCAGGUCCUUGUGUUUUCUGCCACCUGUGCUUAACCUGCUGUGCUAUAGCCCGAUUCCCGAUAUUACUUUUUUUAAAAAAAUAUUUAUUUAUAUAAGGAAGGGAGAAAAGAGAACCAGUGCAUCACUCUGGACCUGUGACCCCAUGGAUUGAACUUUGGACUGCAUGCUUGAGAGUCCAGCACUUUAUCCAAGGUAUCAUCUCCCAGGCCACUGAUGAUGACAUUCCUGAAUGACCUCUCCCAACCCUUUCAGAAUGCCUUAUUUCUUCUUGUCAUGAUAGCCCUUUGCAUACCCAGAUACCUCAAUGGCAGUGUGGUGAUGUAGAGAAGGUAGGUAGCUCAGUUUCACAGAACCUGAGUUCUGGUCCUUGGUCUGCUACUUACUGGCUGUGUGACGUUUUAUACAUUAAAAAAAAUGGGGCUGGGGUCGGGCGGUAGCGCAGCGGGUUAGGCGCACAUGGCACAAAGAGCAAGGACCGGCAUAAGGAUCCCGGUUCGAGCCCCUGGGUCCCCACCUUCAGGGGGGUUGCUUCACAGGCGGCGAAGCAGGUCUGCGGUGUCUAUCUUUCUCUCCCCGUCUCCCCUCCUCUCUCGAUUGCUCUCUGUCCUAUCCAACAACAUCAGUGGCAACAAUAACAACAGUGACAACAAGGGCUGUAACAACAAGGGCAACAAAAAAAAAAAAAAAAGGAGGAAAAAUGUCCUCCAGGAGCAGUGGGCUUGUGGUGUAGGCGCCGGGCCCAGCAAUAGGGUGGGAGAGAUAGCAUAAUCGUUAUGUAGAUUCUCCUGCUUGAAGCUCUGAGGUCUCAGGUUCAAUCCCCUGCACCACCAUAAGCCAGAGCUGAGCAGUGCCCUGAUAUAUAUAUGUAUGUAUGUAUAUGGAAAGAGAGAAUGACUGAUGGACUGAUGGUGGCACACCUGGGUAAGUGCACACAUUACCAUGUGUAAGGGUCCGAUUUCAAGUCCCCAGUCCCUAACUAUAGUGGCAAGUGUUGCCUGGGGUUUUCCAAUAUUGUGUUGUGACUACCAAAUCAAGUUCUGGGCGAUGUCACUGAACUCUCUUCAACUUCUAUCCCUGAGACAAGUGGUAGAACAUGUCUGUGCCUUGCCAUUUAAAGCUCAUUCUUUUAGAAUAGGGAUUCCAAAUGUUCACUCUCCAGCCUGACCCAGUUACAGUGGAAAAUAUACGUUGCUCAAUGUCUGCUGGCUCUUGAGGACGAACUGGUCUUACCAGGAUCUGCUGCAACCACAGCUCUUUGUCCUUAAAUGUGGUCUGGUCACUCUCCAAACUCAGAGACCAUGUGUGAAACCUCUCUUCAGAGGAAGGAGAAUGAACGCCAUAGCUGAGCGACACCUGGUGAAAGUCCUUAACACACGUGGGCAUGUGGUUCCUCCCAAUACAGCACCCCCCAGGCCACGAGGAACAUGAGAGGCUCCAACUGUAGCCCUUUCCUCAUUGUGCCUCCUCACACCCUUACCAUCUCAGAUGAGAGAACAGGAGGCACAGAGAGGAUCAGUGAGGUAGAGGUCAGCACAGAGGAGACCAAGCCUGUGCAAAUGACCAAAUCUAAGUGCUUUUCUAGUCUUACCUUUUUUUUUUUUUAUCCACUUAUUAAUUCACGAGAGAGAACGGGAACCAGAGCAUCCCUCUGGCAUAGGUGAUAUAUGGGAUCAAACUCACAACCUCAUGCCUGAGUCCAACGCUUUAUCCAUUUUCCCACCUUCUACACUACAAGCUUUCUUUCAUUGUUUCUUUUUUUCCCCUUUUUCUUUUUACUAGAGCACUAUUCAACUCUGGUUUAUUGUAGUGUUGGGGGGGGAAGGGAAUUGAACUUGAGACCUAGGAGCCUCAGGCACAAAUCUGUUUGCAUAGCCUUUAUGCUAUCUCCCCAAUCCUCGCUCCUUUCUUUUACACUUAUGGUGGGGCAGGAAACUAAACCUGGGAUUUUGGAACCUGAGGCAUGAAAGUUUUCUUGCAUACCCAGUCUACCACCCUUUCCCCGCCCCCCACAUCACUACCACACACAUACAUCCAAGUCCUGUCUUCUGAUAGCUAAAGCCUUGCUUGGAUCAUAUUAAAGUUACAUCCCAAACAUAAGCAGACUGCUCUGUUGCUAGGGUCAUAGCUCCAACCCCAGGAAGAAGAAAAUCAGGGGUGUGCUGGCAGAUGCCUGACAAACUGAUCUUUGGUGAGAAAAGAAAAAAAAAAACUGAUUGUAGCAUUUAUUGAUUUCCAUGGAGUAACUGUUCUAAUCAUAGUUGAUUUCAAGUUACCAGAAUGAUGUUACUGAAUUCUAAAUGGAAGGAUAUGCCGAUCAACUGCUCUUCUGAGCUGUCAUAAGUAGUAUCUAAUACUCCUGGAUAUUUCCCUCAGUUAAACUAUAAUGACCUCUGUGUGACUCCGAGAACAGAGAGCUCCACGAAGUAGGCAGGUGCCCUUCAAAGUACGAGGUGGUGAAGCAUUGCCUGCCCCCGCCUCCAGUCCCCCCCCCCCCAUGCCAAAUGCUGCUCCUCUGCAUGCCAAUUUUUGUGCCUAAUCAUGCUGUUCUCAAAUCCUGCUGUUAGUGCUUCAUGUCACAGCUGAAGAAGAUGAAGUCUUCAAGGCAAAUUGUCCACUGUGGGCAGGUGUUUGAGGAAUCCUAUCCUAGUGAAGAACUUGAGCUGCACUGUGACACCCUCCGCAUGACCCCUCUGUACAUAGACCUGACCACUACAGCUGCAGUCACUGAGUGCUGCAAUGGACACAGGCACCUGGCACCAUGCCUGGAUCCACUACAUGGAGAUCAUGAAAGUGGAGGAGAUGGUGACAAGCAAGUGCCAUCUGGCAGUGGCCUAGAAGUCCCUCCACUCCAAGAUCAAGUUCUUGUCCCACUGGGUUUUGCUUUGCCAGCAUAGCCUCAUGUCACCACCAAAAGGUCCAACACUUUCUUUUAGAUGCAGUGUCUACCCUUCCUAAUCUGCCUGAGUAAUUUCCUUGGGAAGCUGGAAAACAUUAAAUAAACUCUAUAGUGACAACUCA